CAGAAUUUCAAACCGGUGCGUUGCAGCAGCAGCAGAGCAGUUGCCUGAGCUAAGCCCGACCUCGCCAUGUCUGGGGAGCUGGAGAUCAUGGAAUCGCAGGUGAUGUGGGAGCCGGACUCGAAGCGCAACACCAAUAUGGACCAGUUCCGGGCAGCGGUAGCUGCUGCUUACGGGAUUCCCCUGGCCAACUACAAUGAAUUGUACCAUUGGUCGGUGAAUCACUAUGCAGAUUUCUGGGCAGAAUUUUGGAGGUUUAGUGGGAUCGUCUUCUCCCGCCUUUAUGAUGAGGUGAUUGACCCUUCCAAGGGCAUUGCAGAUGUUCCGGAGUGGUUUAAAGGCAGCAGGUUGAACUAUGCAGAAAACCUCUUAAAGCACAAAGAAAACGAUAAAAUUGCGCUCUAUGCUGCACAGGAAGGCAAGGAAGAGAUCGUGAAGGUGUCUUUUGAAGAGCUGAGGCAGCAGGUCGCUCUCUUCGCAGCAGCCAUGAGGAAGAUGGGUGUGCAAACAGGAGACAGAGUUGUCGGCUACUUGCCCAAUGGCAUCCAUGCAGUAGAAGCAAUGUUGGCCGCAGCGAGCAUUGGCGCCAUCUGGAGUGCGACGUCACCGGACUUUGGCAUCAACGGUGUACUGGACAGAUUUUCCCAGAUUCAGCCCAAGUUGAUCUUUUCUGUUGAAGCUGUCAUUUACAACGGGAAAAAACACAACCACUUGGAAAAGCUUCAGAACGUCGUAAAGGGACUCCCAGAUCUAAAAAAAGUUGUGGUGAUCCCAUACGUUUCCUCGAGAGAAUCUGUAGACAUUUCCAAAAUUUCGCACAGCGUCUUUCUAGAAGACUUUCUUGCAGCGGGGAAGGGAGACCGCCCCCAGCUGGAGUUCGAACAGCUUCCUUUCAGCCACCUUUUUAUCAUGUAUUCAUCUGGCACAACAGGAGCUCCGAAAUGCAUGGUUCACUCAGCAGGGGGGACGUUAAUUCAGCAUUUGAAAGAGCACCUCCUCCAUGGUAACAUGUCCAGCAGUGACAACAUCAUGUACUACACAACAACUGGUUGGAUGAUGUGGAACUGGCUGGUUUCUGCUCUCGCUGUUGGUGCAUCUGUGGUUCUGUAUGACGGAUCGCCGCUCGUUCCAUCCCCCAAUGUCCUCUGGGAUUUGGUUGACCGACUAGGUAUCACCAUCCUUGGGACAGGUGCCAAAUGGCUGGCGGUGCUGGAAGAGAAGAACCUUAAACCAUGUGAAACGCAUAACCUCCAAACGCUCCACACCAUCCUGUCAACUGGCUCACCCCUCAAGCCUCAAAGUUACGAGUACGUCUACAAACACAUAAAGAGCAGUGUUCUGCUGGGAUCCAUAUCAGGAGGCACAGAUAUAGUUUCCUGCUUUAUGGGUCAGAAUGUGUCCAUUCCAGUGUACAAAGGUGAGAUCCAGGCACGGACUGGAAUGGCAGUGGAAGCCUGGAACGAUGAAGGCAAGCCAGUUUUGGGGGAAAGUGGAGAGCUGGUCUGCACCAAGCCUAUGCCCUGCCAGCCAACACACUUUUGGAACGAUGAGAAUGGAAACAAGUACAGGAAGGCUUAUUUCUCGAGAUUUCCAGGUGUCUGGGCUCACGGUGACUAUUGCAAGAUCAACCCCAAGACAGGAGGCAUCGUCAUGCUUGGCCGCAGUGAUGGCACUCUGAAUCCAAGUGGUGUGAGGUUUGGGAGUUCUGAGAUCUAUAACAUAGUGGAAGCUUUUGAGGAGGUUUCGGACAGCCUCUGCGUCCCUCAGUACAACAAAGACGGUGAAGAAAGGGUGAUCCUUUUUCUAAAGAUGGCCACCAACCAGGAGUUCAGCCCAGAUUUGGUGAAACGCAUCAGGGAAGCGAUCCGCGUUGCACUCUCUGCCCGGCAUGUUCCCAGCCUCAUUCUGGAAACUGAAGGCAUUCCGUACACAAUAAAUGGGAAGAAAGUUGAAGUGGCUGUCAAACACAUUAUCGCAGGGAAGGAAGUGGCUCAGCGGGGCAUCUUCUCCAAUCCCGAGACCCUGGACCUUUACCGAGACAUUCCUGAGCUCCAGAACUUCUGAAGGAAUCUGCCUUUUCCCCAUCUCUGUGUUUGUUUGUGUGUGUGCGUGUAUGAGUGUAUGGUUUUGUACUGUGUAUAUAAUAUGUAUAUGGACACUGUAUGCAAAAGAAACUAUUUAAGCAAUGGUGUUUCUUUUGAAAAAGGAGAAACACUGUUUUGAUCUGCCAAGUGCUUCAUGAAAAGGAUCUAGCUUGCCUCUUUUCAGAUGCAGCUGGGUACAGAGACUUUUUAAAUGACCUACACUAAAAAAAUGUGUCUUCUGGUUUGAAUUUUAUCUUUUAAAAUCGAGGAAAUAGGGUGGUAGGCAUAUAUACUGUUUGAUUAUGGUUGGAGGUGGGGCACCUGUUUCCCCCAAGAUGCUGUUAGACUCCAACUCCCAUCAGCCUCAACCAGCAUGGUUAAUUGUCAGGGAUUAUAGGAGUUGUAGUUCAGCAACAUCUGGAGGGCUGCAUGUUCUCAUUCCUGGUUAUGGUUUAAAACUGCUCAAGAUUCUAGGAAACUACUGGUGGCUUUUCAGUGGGAAGACUGUUUUUCAUGCUUGCUUUACUGCUACUGUUCUUUACUUGAGGUUUUUUAGGCAAUGGGGAUGUUGAGUGUGAUAGAGAGAGUGCAUUCUCAGUGGUGAUAGUGCCCAGUAGGCUUAGAUAAGAGCAUUCUGAAGAACCGAGGGUGUUUUCCUUAGACCACAUCCCCCAAUCCUCAACAAGAGACAGGGGACUGAUCUGUCACUGACAAUUGCAUGUGGGAAGGUUUCCCAGAUGCAAGGAAGUGUUCACAACAGCUGGAUUCAGUUUAUUUUUACUUACUCUUUUUAAAUAAAGAGAUUGUCUUCUGGGUCUGUGUUUAAAACUUUUUUAUUUUUUAGAAAUACCUCUUUUUAAGAUUACCUUUUAAGACUACUUUUGGACAACUGCUUCCAUCGGAACCAGCCAGAAAAACAUCUGGAGAGCAUCAGUUUGGCAAAGGCUGUUCUGGAACAGAGCACAGAUUUGUUGCCACUGUU